CUAGGAAGUAGGAACCCUUGCUGUUGUUGAAUCCUUCGGUUGGCCAUGCAAUCGACACUCCUCGCCCCCAAUUUUCCAACGCCAUAACUCUGUGCGAUUGAAUCCUUUUGGCGAGAAUUCUCGGUUUAUUUAUUUAUUCAUUUUUUCGUAGAAAUAUAGAGCUCAGAUUUUUUGUUUUCUGGUUGAGGUCAGUUUUAUUCCUCUGUUUACUCUCUCUCAGGUUGCAAUUAGUGAAAUUCGCUUUUUCUUGGAGGAGGGUUUUCGCAAUCGACUUUGUUAGACCAUGAAUUUCAUCUUUUAUUUGGAUUAUUUUGUGCUCGAAUUGUAAAAUCAAAUUGAUACGGGUUUUCCUGAUUUGAUAAUUCUAGGUCUUCAUGUACCUGGUUUUUUUUUUUCCCCGUCUUGAUGGAGUGAGAUUAUCAGACCGAUAACAUCAUUCACUUGUUCUACAUGUUGAAUUUUGCAGGGAAUUCUAUUGUUUUGCAAUUAACUAAGCCAUGGCAUUGCUAACUCAAGCUACUCAAGCUACUGCUGCCUUGACAUCAUCCCAGCUGGCCGUUUCGACGAUGGCUGCGAUUGCGGGAUAUUCCAUCAGCCUAGGAUUGGCAAAUAUGACACGUAGGCGGACAAGAACUAAUAUGCAUGCAACUGCUUACGGCUGCCCGAGUGUGCGGAUGUGUAGAUCAUCACCGAGAAUGCAGAUGUGCAUAUCGUCACAGGGUCAAUCAUUUGGUCAGGCAAUACCCUUAAAGAGUGCGGGUAGAUCACUUUCAGCCAAUGCAAUUUGCCUUGCAGCUAUGGAUGCAAAAUGUAGUGCAGUGCAAACUCUGCCUCGUACAGAUAGAUCCAAGACAAUGACCAAUGUUCCAGUCGGAGAUGUAAUAAAGACACCUAAACUUGAUGAUAGUGGCCCUGCGCCUCCUCCAAAUGGUGGUGGAGGUGGAGGAGGAGGGGGUGGUGGAGGAGACUCUUCAGGUGGAUGGGUCCUUUUCGGCAUUCUUUUAUUACUGUCUUUUCUGAAGGAGAAAGAGAGGAAGGAAGAAGACGAACAAGAAAAUAGGUCCUAUAGGAUGGUGUCGGUUCCAACUAUAGAUUUCUGAAAAUUUAUAUAACGAGAGAUGUUUUCGUUUUGAUAGUGUAAAUGCGACUUUCAAUGUAAUUAAGAAGUGUCAAUACAAAAACAUUAAGCCAUAACAGUUCCCCCUUCCCCUUAAUUUUUUUUGCGGUUUGGAUGUUCAUUCUGUUGAUGAUUAAUUUCAAAGUACGCCACAGCAAUUUAGUCUCUAUAAUUCAUGCUCUUCCC